AUGGCGGAGCAACUCGCACUGGACGUCGCGGCGCUGUCGCUCGACGAGGCGCCCGCAAUUGCAAGACUCUCCGCUGACGCAUUGGACAGCAUCGCCUCAUUCAACUGCACGGUCGACCCCACCGCGAGCGCUUUCCAGUACGAAGCGAGCGUCAGGGAGUCGUAUUAUUCACUCCCUCGGGCCGAGCAAGACAAGCUCUCGAAGAAGCGAUACCAACUCCUCAAGGCCGCGCGCGCCGUGGCUGCCCGCGAUGCUCUCGCCAUGAUGGGUACGUGCUCCGCUUGGCAGCUGCUGCUGCGCACGUCAGAGAGCGUCUGGAGGGCGCUUCUCGUCGCCCGGUUCCCAGAACUCAAGUGUGGCUCCCUGAAACUGGGUGCCCACGACACGUACCGCUGCAUGCUGAAUGUCGUCUCGUUGCGUUCUUCGCCGAUUUGCCUCCAGCCUUCGCCAAACGCCGGCACGCAGCUCGAAGACUUCACGUUCACCUUUGAGGGCACCUUGGUCCCUGCACCGAUUACUCUUCACAGUCCGGUCGUGAUACACGGGCUAUCUGCGUCGCCGCAGUACAACGGGCAGAAGGGUCGCGUCAUCGAGCAGCGAGGCGAGCGCUGGGGUGUCCGUCUUGACGGAGGCGGAAGCCUUGCGGUACGCGCGUCCUGCCUGAGGCUGCAGCGGUUUGACGACCUCGGCUUCGACUUUGACGGCGAGCCUAAAGAGGGCUGCGAGCCCACGCCGUUUGGAGCCCGACAGUCGUGGAUGGGCAUCAUGACUGCCGAGGAGCUGGAGGGCAAGGCCGACGCUAUUGACAGUAUUGGGCGAGACGUGUACUUUGGAAGCGCUUACGAUCACGAUUACUCCGAUGCGCAGACGCUGCUGAGCGUAUACGUCACGACGCCAACGAUGCAGACUGUGAAGAUCUACGAGACGGCAGAGAUCUACGGUACUUGCCGUCCCCCCGGCGGUGAGCGCGGCAUGCAGAUGCUCCUUUUCGACAAGAAGACGCUGCCUUACGCUGCCGGCCAAGAGGCAGGCAGCUGCCCAGCAGGCAGGGAGGAGCUUCUCAUCCUCGCGACGCUCGACUUCAGCAUAGCACUCGUGAUCACUACCGAUUGGUCGGGCGAGGAGAUGCCCGCGAGCGUUUUCCUGAAAUACCUGCAGGGCGACGAUGGCCGCUGGUGGGGAGACUUUGAAUAGUUCAGCCGGGCGGCUGUCGCCUUGUGUGCGCCUUUUACCCGGCGGCUCUUGAAACCCACACAGUGAAAUCUA